AUCUGUUCACUAGUCAUGUCGGGCUUUAAUUUAUUCUCAAUCUUAGUCAUCAAUUUUCUAGCAUGUAUAUAUGCGGAAAAAGUGUGUGAAAUAUCAACAAUAUGCGGUAAUGCGGCAUCAAUAAGAUCUCAGAUGAUUGCAGUGCGUGUCGAACAGGAACGACAUGGUGAGCUAUUGGAUGACUUGACCGAGAAACUGGAUAGUUGCUUGAGCAAAACUGGCGUGGAGACAAAACUGUAUGGCAAAAGUUGCGCCGAACCUUCGGUUCUCACACAGCACAGUGAAAUCAAUGUGAUUGUGGUGCCCGAGUACAGUAAACACCCCUUUGUGGUGGCCUGCGAUCAACUGAGUCAUGGUGGCGGCUGGACUUUAUUCCUGCGUCGUACUGAUGGCAGUGAGGACUUUUUCCGGGAUUGGAAUGAUUACAAAAAUGGCUUCGGCAAACUGGAGAAUGAGUUCUUCUUGGGCUGGAUAAGCUGCACUCCAUAACUACAGCAGAGCAACAAGAGCUACUUGUUCUUCUCGAGGAUAAUGAUGGCGAUAGACGAUAUCAACUGUAUGACAACUUCAGGAUUGGAUCGGAGGAGAAUGGUUUUGCUUUGGAGUCCUUGGGCAAUAACUCGGGCAAUGCCGGCGAUGCCUUGGCCACCCAUUUGGGUCAAAAGUUCACCACCAAGGAUCGGGAUAAUGACAAACAUGCUACGGCCAAUUGUGCCAUUAACUACAGCAGUGCCUGGUGGUAUAAUGCCUGUCAUCACAGCAACCUGGCGGGCAAGUAUGGUGAUAACACUCAUGGAAAGGGCAUCAACUGGUAUCAAUUCAAGGGGCACACCUACUCUCUGAAACGUGCACAAAUGAUGAUAAGGCCUAAAAGGCAGUGCCAUUGAAAUAAAUCAUUAUAAAACUUUAUCAUUUGCUAGAUUAUUGAAACAUUAGUACAUAAAUCAUUGUAAAACAUUAUAAUUUGCUAGGUUUUUGAAACAAGAACACAAUAAUGUCAUAUAUUAUUAUGCUUUUCUUCAGUUUGUUGAGAUAUGUUUAAACUAUUUCAUUGCCAAAUUUGAAACUACUGUUCACAUCAUAUUUUUUACUUUAAAAAGCAUCUUAAACGAUA